AUUAUCUACCACGUACAAUGAGACAACCCCCCAUCCUCCCUACACCUACCGGUACCAGCCUAGCUGGCAAGACCAUCAUUAUAACUGGCGGGACCAGUGGCCUCGGAUUCGAGACUAGUCGUCAUUUUCUAACCCUCAAGGCGGCUCGGGUGAUCAUCACGGCCCGCGACCAGAAGAGAGGCCAGGAGGCUGUCUCUGCCCUUCGAGCGGACCCCGAAGUAAAAGCGGCCAACCCGUCUGCGGUGAUUGAGGCCUUUGAUCUGGAUCUCGAGGACUAUCAGUCUGGAUUGGAGUUCUCUAAGCGGGUGAAGCGCGAGGUGCCUGAGCUGGACGUAUUGGUAUGCAAUGGUGGUGUCAAUAUUAUGAACUACCAAAAGAGCAAGAGCGGGCACGAGAGGGUAAUGCAAGUUAACUGCUAUACGCAUUUCCUCAUUUCACUCGAGCUCCUCCCCCUUCUCCAAGCAACAGCAGCAAAGCGAGGGAGCGCUUCUCGGUUGAACUUUGUUGGAUCCGGCACACAGUACCACCACAGCCUGAAGAAGACACCGCUGAGUGAAGGCGAGAAUUUUCUGGCACACUUCGAUGACCAGCGCCUUUAUAGCGGCCUCACGCGUUAUUCGGAUAGUAAACUGGUCGUCAACGCGUUCAUCCGCUGCCUGGCGGAGAUUGUGCCUAGCUCCGAGGUCAUCGUCAAUAACUCGUGUCCCGGAAUGCUCUCAACAGGGUUCAAUCGCAAUCUGCCCUUGUGGUUGAAGCCACUGGUCUACACAAUGAAUAAGAUGCUGGCCAGAACAACCGAGGACGGUGCCCGGACCGUCAUCAAUGCCUCGGCUGUGGCUGGGCGUGAAACCCAUGGUCGAUUCCUACAGAGCAACGCGGUCGAUACGAAGGCAUCCUUUCUAGAUGGAGAUACAGGGAACGCAUUCAUGCGGCGAUUCUGGAAAGAUAUGGUGGAGGAUUUAGCCCAGGUUGACAAGACUCUAGAACAUUUUUCUCAUCAGAUGUAACU